AUGCUGGACCCGUCGUCCAGCGAGGAGGAGUCGGAGGAGUUGGUGGAGGAGGAGAGCGGGAAGGAGUCGCUGGCGCCCGCCGCGGCACGGCUCUCGCCCAGUCGCCCCGGCGAGGGCCCGGGAGGCGGUGGCGGCGGUGGUGGUGGCGGCGGUGGCAGUGGCGGCGGCGGCGGCGGCGGCGGCAGCGCGGGGCUGCAGCCGGGCGGGCGCGGCAGCAGCGCAGCGCGGCCCGCCAGUCCCAGCCCCUCGGUGGCCAGCGAGAAGGAGAAGGACGAGCUGGAGCGGCUGCAGCGGGAGGAGGAGGAGAGGAAGAGGAAACUGCAGCUCUACGUCUUCGUCAUGCGCUGCAUCGCCUACCCCUUCAAUGCCAAGCAGCCCACCGAUAUGGCCCGCCGGCAGCAGAAGAUAAGUAAGCAGCAGCUCCAGACAAUCAAAGAUCGUUUCCAGGCCUUUCUCAAUGGAGAAACUCAAAUUGUGGCAGAUGAAGCAUUUAUAAACGCCGUCCAGAGCUACUACGAGGUGUUCCUGAAAAGUGACCGUGUUGCCAGGAUGGUGCAGAGUGGAGGGUGCUCAGCGAAUGACUCCCGGGAGGUCUUCAAGAAACACAUUGAGAAGAGAGUGCGUAGCCUGCCAGAAAUCGAUGGCCUCAGCAAGGAGACAGUCCUGAGCUCCUGGAUGGCAAAGUUUGAUGCUAUUUACCGUGGGGAAGAGGACCCCCGUAAGCAGCAGGCCAGGAUGACAGCAAGUGCUGCCUCAGAGCUCAUUCUCAGCAAGGAACAGCUCUACGAGAUGUUCCAGAACAUUCUGGGGAUCAAGAAAUUUGAGCAUCAGCUUCUGUACAACGCAUGUCAGCUGGACAACCCAGAUGAGCAAGCCGCACAGAUCAGACGUGAGUUAGAUGGACGUCUUCAAAUGGCAGAGCAAAUUGCCAAGGAGCGCAAGUUUCCCAAGUUUGUGUCCAAAGAAAUGGAGAACAUGUACAUUGAGGAGCUGAAGUCAUCUGUCAAUCUCCUGAUGGCAAACUUGGAGAGCAUGCCUGUGUCUAAAGGAGGCUCCGAGUUCAAGCUACAGAAACUAAAACGUAGUCACAACACCUCAAUAAUCGACAUGGGAGAGGAAAAUGAGAACCAGCUGUCCAAGUCAGACGUCGUGCUGUCAUUCUCCUUGGAGGUUGUCAUCAUGGAGGUGCAAGGUCUGAAGUCACUGGCUCCCAACCGUAUUGUGUACUGCACCAUGGAAGUCGAAGGUGGGGAGAAACUGCAGACUGACCAGGCUGAAGCCUCAAAGCCAACCUGGGGCACCCAAGGAGACUUCACAACAACACAUGCGCUCCCUGCAGUGAAGGUGAAGCUGUUCACAGAGAGCACAGGAGUGCUGGCCCUGGAGGACAAAGAGCUUGGGAGGGUUGUUCUCCACCCUACUCCAAAUAGCCCAAAGCAAUCAGAGUGGCACAAAAUGACCGUUUCCAAAAACUGCCCAGAUCAAGACCUGAAGAUCAAGCUUGCUGUGCGGAUGGAUAAGCCUCAAAACAUGAAGCACUCUGGGUAUUUAUGGGCCAUUGGUAAAAAUGUUUGGAAGAGAUGGAAAAAACGAUUCUUUGUCCUGGUCCAGGUUAGUCAAUAUACAUUUGCUAUGUGCAGCUACCGGGAGAAAAAAGCUGAACCUCAAGAGCUGCUGCAGCUUGACGGAUACACUGUGGACUACACUGACCCGCAGCCAGGUUUGGAGGGUGGCAGAGCAUUCUUCAACGCAGUGAAGGAAGGAGACACAGUGAUUUUUGCCAGUGACGAUGAGCAGGACCGUAUCCUGUGGGUCCAAGCCAUGUACCGAGCCACCGGCCAGUCCCACAAACCUGUGCCGCCUACUCAAGUGCAAAAGCUAAAUGCUAAAGGAGGAAAUGUACCCCAGCUAGAUGCCCCAAUCUCUCAAUUUUAUGCAGAUAGAGCUCAAAAGCAUGGCAUGGAUGAAUUUAUCUCUUCCAAUCCCUGUAACUUUGACCACGCUUCACUCUUUGAGAUGGUUCAGCGCCUCACUUUGGACCACAGACUUAAUGAUUCCUAUUCUUGUCUGGGCUGGUUUAGUCCUGGCCAGGUCUUUGUGCUAGAUGAGUAUUGUGCACGUAAUGGAGUGAGAGGCUGUCACAGACAUCUCUGCUACCUCAGAGAUUUGCUAGAGCGCGCAGAAAACGGAGCUAUGAUUGACCCCACCUUACUUCACUACAGCUUUGCCUUUUGUGCAUCACAUGUUCAUGGCAACAGGCCUGACGGGAUAGGAACUGUGACCGUAGACGAGAAAGAGCGAUUUGAAGAGAUCAAGGAGCGACUUCGUUUGCUUCUGGAGAACCAGAUCACACAUUUUAGGUACUGCUUUCCAUUUGGCCGUCCAGAAGGUGCACUAAAAGCUACUCUGUCGCUGCUGGAAAGGGUUCUGAUGAAAGACAUAGUUACUCCGGUCCCUCAAGAAGAGGUAAAAACAGUCAUCCGUAAAUGCUUGGAGCAAGCAGCUCUGGUCAAUUACACUCGACUGUCAGAGUAUGCCAAAAUUGAAGAGAAUCAAAAGGAUGCAGAAAAUGUAGGCCGGUUAGUCACACCAGCUAAAAAGUUAGAAGAUACAAUACGUCUGGCAGAGUUGGUAAUUGAAGUCCUACAGCAAAACGAAGAACACCAUGCGGAGGGGAAAGAGGCCUUUGCUUGGUGGUCAGACUUAAUGGUUGAGCACGCGGAGACCUUCCUGUCACUGUUUGCUGUGGAUAUGGAUGCUGCAUUAGAGGUGCAACCCCCAGACACCUGGGACAGCUUUCCACUCUUUCAGCUUCUAAACGAUUCCCUCCGUAGUGACUAUAAUUUGUUGAAUGGAAAAUUCCACAAACACCUCCAAGACCUGUUUGCUCCACUUGUUGUUAGAUAUGUCGAUCUGAUGGAGUCCUCAAUUGCACAGUCAAUUCACAGGGGCUUUGAGCGGGAGUCAUGGGAGCCAGUAAAGAGUUUAACAAGUAAUCUGCCCAAUGUGAAUCUACCAAAUGUGAAUCUCCCUAAAGUACCAAAUCUACCAGUUAACAUCCCACUAGGCAUCCCACAAAUGCCUAGCUUUUCUGCACCGUCAUGGAUGGCUGCUAUUUAUGAUUCUGACAAUGGAUCAGGCACUUCAGAAGAUAUGUUCUGGAAACUUGAUGCCCUACAGACUUUCAUUCGGGAUUUGCACUGGCCUGAGGAGGAGUUUGGAAAACACUUAGAGCAACGCUUGAAGCUUAUGGCAAGUGACAUGAUCGAGUCCUGCGUUAAAAGAACCAGGAUUGCGUUUGAAGUCAAGCUGCAGAAAACCAGCCGAUCAACAGAUUUCCGAGUCCCUCAAUCAAUAUGCACCAUGUUUAAUGUCAUGGUGGAUGCCAAAGCUCAGUCGACAAAGCUUUGCAGUAUGGAAAUGGGCCAAGAGCACCAGUACCAUUCAAAAAUAGAUGAACUAAUUGAGGAAACCGUCAAAGAAAUGAUAACACUCCUAGUGGCAAAGUUUGUCACCAUUUUGGAAGGAGUCUUGGCCAAACUGUCUAGAUAUGAUGAAGGAACUUUGUUUUCUUCGUUCCUGUCAUUUACAGUGAAGGCUGCUUCCAAAUACGUGGAUGUACCCAAGCCAGGGAUGGAUGUUGCUGAUGCCUAUGUGACAUUUGUCCGCCACUCUCAGGAUGUCCUGCGUGAUAAGGUCAAUGAGGAGAUGUAUAUAGAAAGGUUAUUUGAUCAAUGGUACACCAGCUCGAUGAAUGUUGUCUGCACCUGGCUGACAGACCGCAUGGACCUGCAGCUUCACAUUUACCAACUGAAAACUCUCAUUAGGAUAGUAAAGAAAACGUACCGGGAUUUCCGAUUGCAAGGCGUGCUGGACUCCACCUUAAACAGCAAAACCUACGAGACCAUCCGGAACCGGCUGACGGUAGAGGAGGCCACGGCGUCGGUCAGCGAAGGCGGAGGGCUCCAGGGGAUCACCAUGAAGGACAGUGAUGAGGAAGAUGAAGAGGACGACUAG